ACUUCGUGAUUUGUUAACACGAAAUCAAUAGUCCUUGAAUUCUCUUGUUGCAUUGGAUUGGACUCGCAAAAAAGUUUACUGGAAAAGGCUAUGAAAAUGUCAAAAAGAGCUUGUAUGAACUGUCCUGUAUGCAAUAUAAACCUUCCAAUUGAGAAAAUAUCUUCUCAUGUAAAUGGACAUUUUGAGGAGGGCGUGGCAGGCCCAUCAAAGAAAACUUGCGAAUACGCUGGAUGUUCUGCUGUUAUUUCAACUGAAGCAUACCAUGAUCAUCUUUUGGCCCAUACAUUGUCAAAUAUUGAAGAUGGACCGUCGACCGCUUCUAAUAAUCUCAAUGACAGUUUGUUGGCUAAAGUAAGUCAAGAGGAAGAAGAUGGUAGCAUAAGAAAUGGUUUAAACAGCUUAGAGAGUGAUGGGUUGUUGGCUCAAAGACUACAAUAUGUUGAGCGAAAGAAGAAAGAAGAAAAGGAAUUCAAAAAGUUGCAGGAAAUGUAUGGCAUGGAUAAUAAGGGAAGUUAUUCAAAACAAUUUGAGAAGAAAAUGGAUCGGCAAGUUGGCAGAAAUGUUUCUGUAACUGAUUAUUUUACUCGGAAAGCUAAUAUGCACAGUGAGAUGAUGCUUGGAGUUGAUAGCUAUGAAACAAGAACACAAGGAAUAAUCGAGGCAUUAAAACACCAAAACAUUAGUGGAAAUAUAAAAUCGCGUUGUUUGUGUAACAGUACAGACCAUUUCUCAGCUGCUGUCGGUGAUUCUGGAUGGGGUUGUGGUUACAGAAAUCUACAAAUGUUGUUGUCUGCAAUUUCUAAGAAUGAAUUGUAUGGUAACAAAUUGAAGGAGAAAUUUAAGGAUGAUGAAAUUCCAUCAGUAACAAAACUACAAGCGCUAAUUGAAGAGGCUUGGAAGGAUGGCUUUGACAAAGCCGGUUGUGAACAGCUUGGUGGAAAAUUGCAAGGUACAAGAAAAUGGAUAGGGACGACUGAAGUUGUAGCUCUUCUUCGUUGGGCAAAAAUAAACGCAAGAAUUGUUGAUUUUCAUAAACCGACUUCAUUAGAAAAUACACAUGUUAGGCUGUUUGAAUGGUUGGAAUCUUAUUUCAAGCAACGGAAUAAUGAAACAACUCUCCCACCGUUUCCACUGUACUUGCAGCAUCAAGGACAUAGUCGUCUGUGUAUUGGAUGCGAGGAAGUAGAUAAAGCUGACUUCAAAACACAACUUCUACUUUUUGAUCCUGGACAUAAAUAUCACGCUAUGAGGGCGUUGCUCGCAAACCUGAAUGAUCAUAGUAAAAUACCACAGUUGAGAAUGUUGCGUAAAACUUUAAAACAAAUGAAAUCUAAACAGUUUCAAAUCAUAUUCAUUGAUGGAUUUUAUGAAACAGAAGCGGAAGUUGAGGCAGGUAAAGUCAUUCGUUCUAUCCGCAUUCCAUGAAUGACGUCAGAGCUGAUGUUGAAUAAGAAGUUGGUGGUUUUGUUCGAUUUUUUUGGUUGUGUUUGGUUGGAAUUGUUGAUAAAGAUAUUUUUAGCUACACUUAUCAUGACAGUAAGUUGCUAUGAACAGAUACGAUCUACAGUGGAUUUGGUAUUUUUUUAUCAAAAUUAAAAAAUUGAAUUUUUGAAACUCGUUACAAACUUUAUGUGAAAAAAAAUAGAUAGAUAUUUUAUUGUAAUUAAUGUAAAUAUAUAUAAAAAAAUUGAACAAUAUAGAUGAGUCUGUUGCUGCAUGCAACACGAAAUUUCUAUAUCCCAACAGGA